AUGAUAUGCAACCCCAGCACUAGUCAAGCCUUACCUUUACCCAAAGUGAAGACGAGGAGAGUUAAAGUGAGAACCUUUGUGGUUUAUGAUCCCAUUGCUAAACUAUUCAAACUAUUGUCUAUGACUUGGCCAUGUUAUGGAACCAGCGGGAAGAAUUGUGAGGAGUAUCAGGUUCUGACAUUAGGGGCUCAGACACUUCUCUGGAGAAUGGUUGAUUGUUGUUUACCCCAUCAUCCUGUAGACGAUGGGAUAUGCAUUGAUGGUUGUUUGUAUUAUCAAGCUAUGGUCGAUUUCGGUUCAGGGCAUUAUACAAUAGUUUGCUUUGAUGUUAGGUCUGAAACGUUUAGAUUUGUUAAGAAAGCUAGGGGCAUGGCGCUGUAUGGUGCUUCAGUUCUGGUAAACUAUGAGGGUAGAUUAGGUCAACUUCAGUCAGAUGGGCUUCACAUAGCUGGAAUAGUUACUUGCCAUACUAGAAGUCUUGAGUUGUGGGUUCUAGUGGAUGCUGAGAAACAUGAAUGGUCGAAGUUUGUAUAUGCAUUGCCAUCUAUGUGGAAGAAUGUUGUUGCAGAGGCUGAGUUAUACAUUGUUGGAAGGACCAGUACAAAUGAUAUUGUGUUGUCGCGGCACUAUUCAUCGGACGUUUUCUACUACAAUCCCGAGAGGAACACAGUCAUAAGAGUUGAAUUCCAAGGAAUGGAUGUGUUUAACCAUCUUAGAGUCCACACCUUUCUGAACCAUGUGGAGGACGUAAAGCUUAUGCAACUGUAA